GAGACCGUCAGACGUUUCGAACGUGACCCGCGCUCUCUCCCCGAUGCUAAACUUUACACGCUCGUCACAUUAUUCAUUAUAAUAAAACGUGAAUUAAACGUGGUGUUUUUUAAUUCGCAACCCGUGUACGUUAACCGAUAAACGUUCGGUUUCGCACUGUACAGUUUUGGUUUUAUUGUGUUUGUUUAGUUUUGUUUUUUUGUUUUUGUGACCCGCACAUUGGAGGUGAUUGGUUUAUUUUCAAUACGGCCGUCUGUUUACGGGCUGGCCCCGAGGACAGCGGCGGUGCGCUAUAAUGUGACCAGCGCAAGACGACUCCCCUCAGCCGUCAAGGUGUUUGCGAUGUGGUACACGUGGACGACGUUAUUACUGGUGUCGUGCGCACUAGUGGAAGCGGCAGAAGUCGAGGUGACUACUACUGAGGCCGUGGUCCCGGCUGUGGUCACGACGACUAGGCCGCCACCACGUACCCUCGACCGCCUCGCCGCUGAACUCGCAUGGAAAUCCUGGCUUCAGAGUCCUGAAAGCGGUAACCCAAAUGCGCCGCGGAGGAGAAUAACUACAAAAUCUCUGUUCAUAACUCCUCUCGUUUGUCCGAAAGGACAAAGACUGGAUGGAAACGGUUGCGUUCAGACGGUGACUGUUAAUAAAGAUGAACACGAACGCAUCCUGCUAGAGGAAUUGAACGCACAGUUCAAGCCAACUUUAAGCGGAGAUGUUACUUACUAUGACAACUAUGACGAAAACGAACCUGGCCCAUUACAGCUCUCUAUUCCUAUAGGAUUGGAUCCGCUGGCUGCACCUCUUCAAGGUCAAGGACUAUCGGAUCAGGCUUCACAAGGCAGCCAUGACAAUAUCAACAAGAAAGAUGGGAAUAAGCCAGUCUCAGACGCCAGCAUUGAAGCUGAAUUAGAACUGCUAAAACUACAACACUCGCAUAACGACACUGGUCUGCCAGACGGUGCAGGUGUGUUGAAUCAUAACGUAUUGACUAAUUUCCACUUCGCGGAGAAACCCAAACGUGAUAGCCCACUGAACGCUACCGAAAUAGAAACUAUCAAUAAUAUGGCUGACCAAGGUCAAAAAGAAGUUGUAUAUGGACACGUUAACAUUGAUCCCAUACUUUACGGAAACCAACAACAACUAACGGAUAGUACUAGCAAGAAAAAUGAUAUACCAAAAACAGACACUUUGGAAAUCAAUGCAAGUACCGAAAGUAAUUUAGGUUCCCACACGAAAGAAGAACAUAAGCAGACCGACGUUAAAGUAGCGUCACAAACACAGCAAGUUUUGUCUAAAAACGGAGAACAAUCUAAACUUAACCCUGAAAACGACUAUUCUGAUAUUGGUGAGGCUAUAAAAUUGAUUAGUCGAUACGCAGAAGUGACGACUGACGAUAAUUUUUCCAAAGAUCAAAAGAAUCAGCAAUUCAAAGAGGAAGGUGUACUGGGAACACGUACUAAACUACAACAUCGUCGUAACAGGCCACAGUCAGGAAGCGCUGAAAUAUCGUUUGGUCCAUUAUCAACAGACAUAGGGCACAAUAUACCUGACCGCGAGAAGUUUGUUAAUAAAGGUAUUAUAUACCGCUACCCGUGGCCAAACCAACAGUUUCGCUCUCCUCCACCCGGUUACCCCUUCCAACAACUUCAGGAUUAUUGGCCGGGACAAAACAAACUUGGGGGGGUUUACAAUGGACACGAAAACCCACGACGUCAUCAUCAUUCUUACCCUCACAACUUUAGACCUCGCGAAUUCGGAGUAUAUCCUGGAAUGCAAGAACCAUACCCGGAACAACUGAGGCGGUACAUUCAUAGAGUAGUACAACAUCAUUCAAACCCACAAAGAUCUCACGACAGCCAAGAUCUCUAUAGUCUCCUUGGACUCAGGCACUGGUUUAGUAGUGAAGACACUACGAAAAGAUAGUUUGCUUCUUCAAAUAGUUAAUUCGAUGUUACCCGACGACAUAAUAUAAUGAAUGCUAUGGAUCAAGUUAUUUCUCUAAUGAUUAAAGUAACUUAUAGUUUGUACUUAAAUAUAAACUUACCUGUUCUCUUGCAUAGGAUUGGUGAUAUAAUCGAUGGAACUAACAAUUUAAAUUUUCAUUUAAACAUUAUGACCCUGGUUCCUAUUAUUAAUACCUGACUGUAACUGUACCGUAACAUUUUGUAUGUAAACAUUUUGCAGGUUCAAGUUAUCCAUAGCUUUCAUUAAAUUAAAUUAUUUAUUUCAAAGCCAAAUAUUACAGUCAUAGUUCUUUUUUGUUAAGUAUUUUAAGUUAUGUAAAUAUUUUCUACUUUGUUUUAUUUGCUACUGAACUUGUUCACACAAUAUAGUAUUAUCGUUGUUUUAAUUAUGUUAAUGUAAAUUUGUUCUAAAUAAUCACUGAUUGAUAUUUAUUCGAUAUAGAUUUUAUUGUUUCCUUUUACAGUUAGGCACGUCUAUGAUUAGCUUGCCUGUAGCUAAUUGAUAUUUUCAAAUGUACAACCUUGAUAAAUUACUUAUUUGCUCUGUGAAAAUCAAUUCUGUUGAAUUAUUAUGUACCUAGAUUUAGUAACUAAAUGCUUCCUUGUAACAUUAAAUGCUUCGGACACUGUUGAACCCACCUAAAUUUACAUUUGGAUCUUAAGAGUCGUGCAAUAGAUUUACACGAUCUAUUUCUUUAGAGCUGAAUACAAACUUGCCUUGAAUUAUAAGCAAAAUGUACACAUUUAAUAAAUAACUUGCAGGUUUUCUUGUUAUCUGCAUGGAGGACGUAAAUGUAGCUUACAAUAAAGACUACGCAUUGAGACGCUAACGUAAGGGCUGGAUACCUAAAAUACCGAACUAUAAAUAAACAUUAACGAUCCCACCAAAGCUUAGUUUAAGUUAGUUUUAUCAAGUAUUAAGCUUCAAUUUAGAAUAUAGAAUUGUUAAAUGUAUUUUUCUAAAUAAAUAUCUAGUUAUGUAUACCUACUAUUUUGAUGAUUUUAUUUUUAAUUCAAAGUUUGCAAUAUAGAACAUUUUGCUUUUAUAUUUAUCUAAAAAUAUAUUAUCCAUUAUUUAAUUUUAACCAAUGUUAUCUACUUUUCAAACAUCUCAACACUAAAUCUUUAUAAAAAUUGUUUAGUGCCAAUAUGUGUGGUGAAUGAAAACUCAUUGAGAUAGGUAUUUAUAUUCUAAAACCAGUGUGUAGUAAAAUAGCAAAUCGGUUAGUGCUACUUUAGUAAAAUUUCAUCGGCUAACUACCUAUGUGUUAUAUUUAUUAUUCGUUAAUUUUAAGUACAAAAAUUAUGUGCUUUAGGUGGACUAAAUAAAUUAUAACAUUAUAUUUAAUCAUCAACUUUAGUAAAAUGCUGAUUAUUGAAUAUGAAACCUAAAUUAAUUCACUUAUAAUUAAUUACUUCUUUUGUGUAUACUAUUCUACAUUUCAUUGAUAGGUUUAAUACAAAACAAAGAAUACUUUAGGAACAGUCAUCAUACUAUAUAGAAAAAUAUAAUUACUAAUAAUAUUUCUGAAUUUCAAUGAAUAUUUAAAUCAUGAAAUUAUA